UUCCUUAGGUCACAAACUAUCCAUGGAGCCUCUUUAUCUUACUAUCAUAGUCAUUGUUACCACCAUUGUUCUUAUCAUUCUCACUUACCCCAAAACCUCUAGCUCCAACCACACCAACCUUCCCCCGGGCAGUUUUGGAUGGCCAAUUCUCGGGGAAACACUUGAAUUCUUGUUUGGAAAGCCUGACAAAUUUGUGGAAAAAAGGAUGAAAAAGCACUCCUCUCUUGUUUUCAAGACAAGAAUUCUGGGUGAAAAUGUUGCAGUCUUCUGUGGCCCUAUUGGAAAUAAGUUCAUUUUUUCUAAUGAGCAAAAACUUGUCACUGCUUGGCGCCCACAUUCCCUCCAAAAGCUAAUGCGUUCAUACCAACAAUCAGAUCAAACCUCACCAACACCAACCCCAACUCUCAAGCCUACCCAAAACGAAACCACAGUAAUUCGAACACCGGGUUUCUUCAAGCCUGAAGCUUUGGCUAGGUUCUUGGGGGUCAUGGACAUGACCACCAAGCAACAACUCAAGACACAUUGGGAAGGAAAGAGCAAAGUACAAGUCUAUCCUUUGUCCAAAAUCUUCACCUUGGCUCUGGCUAGUAGAUUCUUUCUGGGUAUUGAGGACUAUGACUGUGUGACUAAACUAGUCCAAGAAUUUGAUGAUGUGUCUUUGGGCCUCCAUUGCAUCCCUUUGAAUUUUCCAGGAACUAUUUUCAAUAGGGCAAGUAAAGGAGCAGCUGCUAUAAGGAAGCAGAUCAUAUCCAUCAUCAAGGAGAAGAAAGCUGCUGCUUUGUUAAGUGGGAAGCCAGGGCAUGACAUACUUUCUUACAUGAUUGCAAGUACUGAUUCUUCAGGCAAGUUCAUGCCUGAAACCGAGCUUGCUGAUAAGGUCAUGGGUUUGCUCACUGCUGGUUAUAGCACAGUUGCUAGUGCUUUAACCUUUGUCAUGAAAUUUGUUGGAGAAAGACCAGAUAUCUACAACAAGAUACUUGCAGAGCAAAUGGAGAUAGCAAACUCAAAGAAACCAGAUGACACUCUAAACUGGGAUGACAUACAGAAGAUGAAAUAUUCAUGGAAUGUUGCUUGUGAAGCAAUGAGGUUCUUUCCACCUCUUCAAGGAACAUUUAGAGAGGCCAUCACUGAUAUCUCCUUUGAAGGUUAUACCAUUCCAAAGGGUUGGAAGAUAUAUUGGACGGUGAGUUCAACAAAUAAGAACCCAGAAUACUUUCCCAACCCAGAGAAGUUUGAUCCUACAAGAUAUGAGGAGGGAAGUGCACAAGUGCCGUUCACAUACGUCCCAUUUGGGGGAGGACCAAGACUGUGCCCUGGAAAAGAGUACGCCAGGCUAGCAAUACUCACUUUUCUUCACAAUGUAGUGAUGAAGUUCAAAUGGGAGAUCAUGCUUCUCAAUGAGAAGAUGAUAGGUGAUAUGAUUCCUACACCAGCUCAAGGACUUCCAGUUCUCCUCAAACCACAUUAAGAAUUGGAGUUGGUCACAUUCUCAACAGCAAAUAAAUCAAGGAGUUUCGUAAAAUGUUGAAUUUGUAUCCCAUUACUAUUAUCACAAACUGGAAAUAUAAUUAUCAAACCUUUGUCUCAUAAGGUGGUGUGAAGGCCUUUGAAUACAAAAAUAAGAGUUGGUGAUUUUCAUAUAAGAAA